CUCCGCGAAAAACUCGACUUGGAAUGGCACCACGUUCCUUAUCUCAACCAGCGGCUCGCUGAAGACGUCGAAGGCGAGCAGGACAUAAGCCAGCGGAUGACUCUUGUCUACAUCAUUGGAUUCUUCACGGACGGUUGCGAUUUCAUAUACUACGUUAAAGGCGGCGCAAACAUGUAAGCAUCAAGAGAGCCCUGGGGUCUGGCUCAACUCCUGCGUCGAGCGUUUACCAUAUUGAAGUAUGCCCCUUUGGUCCAAAACCGUGCUGAUUCGUACAAAUCCAUAGGUCUAGGUUUAUGGCGGGUACGUUCUCCGGGAAACCCUACGAUAGCCCCUGCUUUGCUACGCCGUGUACCGUCUUCAAUGCCCAAGAGCUCUUCAACUCAGCCGGGCUAGACUCUAUUCAGUUCGGGAGGGUGGACAAGAAGGAGACGAAGGGUCUGCGAUGGAAAUACUUGUACGAGUCGGCGGUGAAGGCGUGGGAGAAGCUGGAGUUCGAUUACGACAAGCUGCAGGGCAUCAAGACGAAGAUUGACCCGGAGCGCCAGUGUCUUAGCUCAUCAUAUGCAGAGGAAGGUGACCUCGAGAGUCCUGCUGGAGAGGAGCAUGUUGAGGUACCAGCCUCGGAGCGACAGUCACCCUCAACGAAUCCAACGACUCCGGCAAGCGGGGAGCCCGAGGCUCAAGGAAAUGGUGAUAAGGGAGAUAUGGAACAGUAUGAUGAGAGAAUCGAGGAGAGCGAUGUGGAGAUGGAUACUCCAGAGGGUGACGAUGAAGAGGAUGGCGCGCAACGGGACAUUCUGGAAGGUGAAGACGACGAAGGCGACGCCCCGAUGGACAUAUCCUGGGGGGAGAGUGCUUGAGAUUAUGGAUUGUUGAAAAGAGUUGGCUCGGACUUUGGCUGACGAGUCCUCCUUCGGAUUCAUACUAGACGUCGUUGCUGUCGUCAUUUGGUGGUGUCCCCGGCUAUCCCGGCUCAGGUAACGCGGGACCCUGUUCUCACAGAAUAGAGUGUAUACAAUAGAUGCAUCGAACUGCCGCCG